AUGGACGUGGAUGCGAUGCACGCGUUGGUGGAUUCGCUGUCAGAGGAGGAGCUGGCGCAAGCGGUCAUGGCCGGCAUGUUCACGCCGAAACAGACACGAACGUUCAACCUCCCGCUACCAAGCAGCCUGUCCACGGCAUCGUCGCCAGAGCCACUCUCGUUCAGCGCGCCCUCAGAGGCACACGCAAAGAACCAGCGCCGCCUGCGAAACAUGAGCGCCCCAGCGCGUGCUCGCGCCUUCACUGCUGUCCGAAUUGCCUCGCCGGGCUUCGAUGCCAUGGACCAGGCAGACGAGUGGACCCGGUCCCUGCUGAAGCAGCACGGGUUUGUCACCGCAUACUUGCCCAGUGAGGAUGACUUCAGAGACGGCGAUGCCCGAGGCGAUGAUGACCGCAGCGCUUCCCAUGGCACGCACAACAUGGAUACCAGUGACAGUGCCAACGAUCCCAGCAAUUCCAGCAGCCCCUCGCAAAGCAGACGGAACCGCGAUCCAUCGGCAGCCAGACACGCUGCCGUUCAAACGAGCCAAGGUGGCCGCAGUUCCCUUGGAGACGUUGGCGGCCACGUCUCACGCAUCCCAGUAAUGUAA